ACAAGUCAUCAGGAGGAUAUGGAUACAUGAAAAAAUGCCUUGAAUGAUUCUACGAUCUAUCGUAAUUCAAUGGAAAUGGUGAAUAAAGGAGUAGAGACCAGGUUUGAGGGAAUCCGAGAAGACUUUAGAGCCAUCGAUUUCUCUGGAAACAGAUUUUAUGGCAAAAUCCCUGAAUUUAUUGGCUUCUUGAAGGAAUUGCAUCUUCUCAACUUGUCAAACAACGCAUUCACAAGUGACAUCCCACAAUCUUUGGAAAAUCUGACUAAUCUCGAGACGUUGGACCUCUCGAGUAAUAAGCUUUCAGGUCAAAUCCCUCAAGAUCUUGGUAAGCUCUCGUUUCUGUCAUACAUGAACUUCUCCCACAACCUUCUCCAAGGACCAGUGCCACGGGGCACGCAAUUCCAAAAGCAAAAAUGUUCUUCAUUCUCGGACAACCCUGGACUCUACGGUCUCGAAGAAAUCUGUGGAGGACCCCAUUAUCCGAAUCCUACAUCACAAGCAAACGAGGAAUUGUCAGAGUCGGAAGAACCAGUGUUCAACUGGAUAGCUGCUGCAAUGGCCUAUGGACCUGGCUUUCCUAUUUAA